GGGUUUGAGUUCAAGAGCUGAAGCUUCGGUUUUCUGCCCGUGUUUAAGUUUAAAAUUCAGUAUUUAAACAACAAGCAAUAUGAUAAACAGUGUAUAAUGUUUAAUUAUUAAAUAUCCGCUUUAUAAAACCCCAAAAAUGGUGGUAAAUGCCCCAGAAACGCCUAUACAGGCGGAGUUGAUAUUCGUCAUCGAGGCUACCUCAACAAAUGGGGCAUAUAUAAGCGAGUUAAAAACGAAUUACAUUAUACCUACUCUUGAGUAUUUCCACGGAGGCGCGCUAGAAGAGGGUGGUGGAAAUGGCUCUGUCUAUGGCAUUGUAACAUAUCAGGCGGCAGACAACUUGCUGGCUCUGCCGGUGAACACAUUUGGACCAUUCACAUGUCCACAAACGGCUAUAGAAACAAUUGAUAAGAUACAGUUUAUAGGAGGCCAAGCUGAAAGCCGGGCUUGCAUCACUGAGGCCCUGGUGGCAGCCGCUGCAUGUUUCGAGGAGCUCGGACGGACGGACGUGUCGAGACAUGUCUUACUGCUGUGCUGUUCUCCUCCUUAUUCAGCAUAUGCUGGAGGUUUGGUGCCACCAGGUGCUCCAGGGACCAUAGAGCUGGCAGCCCGGCUCCUAGGCUCCAGCGGGGCUCAACUCUCCAUAGCCGCAGCCCGGAGACUCCCAGCACUCUUGAAGCUGUAUGAACAUGCGGGUGGUGACGCGCACCAUGCACAACUAAGGAAUUAUGCUAAGGACCCUCGGCACCUAGUAUUACUUCGAGGGUACAGUUUAAAGGAGCGCCCACCGAGCCCCGCGCCGCCUCCCGCACCAGAAGCGCCUCCAGACAUUUAUGGGCAAGGCCGCGGGGCUCCGGCGGCGGCGCCGCGGCCGCCGCAGUUCCGGCCGACGGCCGCCGUGCGCCCCAACACGGGCUGGCUGCCGCCGCCGCGCAACCCCUUAUACGACAACUCGGCGCUCGUCAGGCAGUUGACGCAGCCCUCCUAUCCACCUCCACAGCCCGGUAUCCAACGCAUGCCCGGCAUGAUGGCGGCAGGCCCAUCGACCGGGGCAGCACCGACUCCUCAACGGACUUACAUAUGGAGCGGCGUGUUAGAGUGGAUGGAGAAAGGAAAAAACCCUGGCGACCAGCAGAAGGUUACCAAGCAUCUCCCGUGCCAGGUAUCAGCCAACUCGAAGGACAUAGAGCCAGAGCUGAAGGUAGAUACGUGGCCCAACAAACUCCUGAUGCAGCUGAUGCCAAAACAGCUGAUCAGCAACAUCGGAGGACAGUAUCUCAAGGAUAGCAAGUCUGUGCUGUUCCAUCUUCAGCAAAACGAGGCCUUGGAUGCACUUACCAAAGUCAUGGUCAACGGAUUUGCCGGCUGUGUCCACUUCUCGCCGAUGUCCUCGCCGCCGCAAUGCGACAUCAAAGUUCUGAUCCUACUGUACACGCCCGACAAGAAAGCGUACCUCGGCUUCAUACCUAACAACCAGGCUACGUUCGUCGAUCGACUGCGAAAGGUGAUCCAGCAACAGAAGAUGACUCAGAUCAUCAAACAAAUGCCACCGGCCAGCUCCGCGCCCAUGCCGGGCGCCAUGCCCACAGCCACCAUGGCGGGUGCAGGCACGAUGCAGCCGACGAUGUCGUCAGCGGGCAUCCCGGCGCCCGGCAUGAGCGGCAUGGGCGGCAUGGGCGGCGGCAUGGCGGCCGGCAUGAGCGCCAUGCCGCCGCUCGGCCCGCAGGCGCCCAGCCCGCAGGGCAUCGUGCAGCAGAUGCAUCCACAGGGUAUGAUGGGCAUGGGCGGCAACAUGGGCGGCCAGGUGCCCCCGCAGCAGCAGCAGGCGCCCGGCGGCAAGGGCCCGCGCCCCUCGCAGCUGGACGGGCUGGAGGCCGCCCGACAGCAGAACCUGGAGAAGAUUCAACAGCUGCAACAGACUUUAGAGGCCGCGCAUCAGCAGGAGGCGCAGUUCAAGAGUCAGUUGUUCGGUCGACAGAUGGACAUCAUGUCGCACCUGCAAGCGGCUCAGCAGCAGGAACAGCACUACAAGCAGCUUGAGGAGCAACGUAAACACCAGCAGCAACUGCAAUUGCAGCAGCAGCUGCAGCGAGGAACCGGGGCUGUUCCUCGCAUCAUGCGGCCCAUGAUGCCUUCCAACCCUGGGCUCAGGCAUUUACUGCAGCAGCAACCGCAGUACAGACCGAGCGGCGCGCGCGCGGCCCCGCCGCAGCAGUUCGAUGACGUUAACAACUACAACGACUUCAUAUAGACUUAGUACAUUGUGUAGUUACUUUUAGACGCCAAUGACCGAUAUAUCCGCACCGCGGGUUCAACGCCAAAGACCGAUUAAUCGGUCACAGACCACAGAGCAACAUAGACCUACGUGCAUAUGCAUAAAGUUCAAUUUCAGUUUUGACACUUCGGUGAUGUGGCGUCCGCGUGACAGCUUUUGUGUUUGACACGGCGUCGAAAAGGUUAACGCAUUCACUGACAACGUUUUCGUAGCGCUGCGCUUGUAGCCGCUCCCAGCGUUUUCCCGCUUUGUAGAGGAAAGUGACUACAAACAGAGAACAGAGCGGGUACCCGGCGGUCGAUGUGUUACGGGCGGUAAACAAGAAUCGAACGAGUGCGAAUUGAAGGACGAAGCCGAAGGCGAGGGCUUUAUUAACACGAGUUCGUAGUUCCAGAACCGCCUGGCUGACAAUGUUUUACAUCACACUUGUGAGGAACGAAAUAUGGUUGUCUGUAAAUUCAGUUUACGGACGAUAAUUUUGCGUGAUAACGUCAUAAGAAAACAUUGAUGAAAAAUUGCAUACUUUGGCCGUAACGUUACCAUGGAGAUCUGUCCACAACGUUACCAUGGAGAUAUGUCCACAACGUGACACUUUUUCGUGCAUGCUACCGGUGUUCAUCGAUUUAUAAGACGUUAUCACGUCAAAAAGGGAAAUAUAUAUUUCUGCCUGAUUUCGUACGACAUUACAGCCCUCGGUCGUAAUUUAGAUUCACGAACCGCAUCGCCUACGUGUAAUAACACCUUUUACGAGCAAGUGGGAUGAAAAAUGUUACUACAACCACCACCACCAGAGCUUGUGCGAUAGUCUGAUAUCAUUUGAAUCCCUCGCUAUGCUCAAGAUUGAAUGCCCCUAGCGCGCUCUAUAAUAGAUGUUAUAAUAUGUCUAUCUGUACUGUGGCUUUUAUUAGUACUUUAGUUCGUUUUUUUAGCAUUAGAAAUAAGGUAAACAAUCUUGAUGUGUCUUUUAAUUGUAAAACACAUUUUAAAAAUAAGUUACGGCAAAUAUGUAACAAUUAUGAAUCUAAUACGAUCAUUUAUAUUCUUCUGCUUUCAUAAG